UGUGUGUUGGGAUAUUUUUUGUCUUAAAAUAUUUAAGCCUGAUCUUUUUAGGGCAUAGUCAGAGUCAGGAUUCAGAUUUAUCAGGUUAAAAUUACAAGAAAGGAAAGGAGGAAAAAAGAAAAGGCAGAAAAGGAGAUAGGAAAUGAAUGAAACGGAUGAGUAAAAGGUGUGAAAAGAAAGUAGAGACCAUGUAAAAGAGAAGGAAGGACAGAGAAAUCAUGAACACGAAGAAAGAAAAAGAAGACCCUCGCCUCAGUUUAGUUUUAUCAAUAUGUGACCAAAUUACAGUCAGAGUGCUUCAUACUGUAAAGAAAAGAAUGAUACUGAGAAAGGCUUGAAGAAACAGAAGAAGAAAACGAGGGUUUGAGGAGGAAGAAGAGUGAGAGAUGAAGCUCUGAAGUUGAAGUCCAGACUGAUCAGGUCACGUUUUAUUCUUUGUUCUUAAUUAUUUGUAUUUGAAAUAAUUAAUGAUAAUCAUAUUGUAUAUGAUUAGGUUAAAGCAUGUCUGACAUUUUAUUCUUCAUCAAAGCGCUGCUGUAGCGCUCCUCUGUCGCCAGGUGGUGCCCUCGGGCUCCUUAUACCUCGAGUAGGCUCCGGUGCGCGUCCGCGUGGGACAGCGGGUGCACAGAACGAGCGAGAAAGAGCAUCUGACUCCAAACGCGCGCGCGCGCAAGGGAGGAUGCAGUCUCGGUUCAGACAACAGACGCGGAGCUGAAAAAGACGAAGAAGAACCGGGAGAACCGAGCCAACCCGCCGACACCGGAACCACCGGGACCAGCAGCGGGCUGGGCAGCAGCCGCCGGGCCAGACCUCCUCCCUGUCGGUGUGACUGUGCUGCAAGCCCCGGAGAGGAGGAGGAAGAUGAAGAAAAGCAACCAAAGCAGGCGGGGUGUUCAGGACUCCGGUCCGCUGCCCGUCCAGCAGCUGGAGAAGGUGGGCUGGAUCCGGAAGUUCUGCGGUCGAGGGAUUUUCAGGGAGCUGUGGAGGAGUCGGUACAUGGUGCUGAGAGGAGACCAUCUCUACAUCUCAGACAAGGAGGUGAAAGAUGAGCGUAAGGCUCAGGAAGUGUUCGACCUGGCUGAUUACGAGCGCUCCGAAGAGCUGAGGAAGGCCAAGAGCCGCAGCAAGAAGAACCACAGCCGCUUCACGGUGCUGCGCUGCAAGCAGCCGGGAAACACCGUGAGUGUCAUGGUCCUGGGCCAUGUGGGCCCAGUAGUCUUAGUUUUCAUGUAUGUUUGUAUUUUGUUCUUUAUUUAGGCCAUGCUUCCUGGGUUGAUCUGUUACGUUGUUCCUUAUGUGU